AUGGCGGUGCUCGAUGUCCCUCUUCUCUUCGCGUUCCAUUUCGCGUUGGCCCUCUCUGGGGUGCUGCAUCUUUCUGUCUCAAACUCAACCGUCUCCGCUCGUCAACUGUCUCCUUCCUUCCCCCCCACAGUGCUGCCUACCUCGCGGGUAGCCUCGCUUCCCGCCAGCGCGGGCGCUCCUGCCUUCGUCAAGCCGAGUUCGAUCCACGCGUCAGCUCUCUCCUCGUCUUUCUCUUCUCCCUCCUCUUCUUCUUCUACUUCUCCUUCUUCUCCUUCUUCGUCUGUUCCACAGGCAGCGCUGUAUCAGGUCGGAAGCGCGUUGGAUGCCGCGGCGUCGCAUAGGCCUGCAGUGCAAAUUCAAGAAGCAGUGGUGGACGGAGAAUUCGUGAACGGCAAAAGUGUCAAAGAGUGGAAAGUUGAAAGGUCAUUAUACCAGGCCCUGCACAUGGCCCUCGCCGAAGAACUGGCUCGCGAUCCGAACGUCUGCGUCAUGGGCGAGGAUGUAGGCCACUACGGUGGUUCGUAUAAGGUGACGAAGGACUUUCACGCGCGAUUCGGGAACUACCGCUGUAUGGACACUCCGAUUUGCGAGAACACGUUCACUGGGAUGGCGAUAGGCGCGGCGAUGAAUGGACUGCGGCCCGUCGUGGAAGGCAUGAACAUGGGAUUUCUCCUCCUCGCGUUCAACCAGAUCGCCAACAACGCGGGCAUGGUCCGCUACACCAGUGGAGGAGCCUUCGACGUUCCCGUCGUCAUUCGCGGACCUGGGGGGGUGGGCAAGCAACUCGGUCCCGAGCACUCGCAGAGAAUCGAGGCCUACCUCAUGGCCGUUCCGGGUCUGAAGAUUGUGGCGUGUUCGACGCCCUACAACGCGCGCGGCCUGUUGAAAUCUGCGAUCAGGGAAAACAACCCUGUGGUGUUUUUUGAGCACGUCCUGACGUACAACAUAAAAGAAGAAAUUCCCUUGCUUCCCUACACCCUCCCUCUCGACAAGGCAGAGGUCGCUAGGCAGGGGACGGACAUCACGGUGCUCGCGUACGGGAAGCUCCGUCAUGUCGCUCUCGACGCGGCGCAACAUCUCGAGCAACUCGGCUUAUCUGCGGAGGUUGUCGACCUCAUUUCGCUCAAGCCUCUAGACAUGGAAAGCAUUCAGACCAGCAUCAAGAAAACCGGUCGAUGCAUCAUUCUUGAUGAAAGCAGCCGCACCGGAGGCAUCGGUGGUGAAAUCUUCACUCAGGUGAUGGAGAAUUGCGCCGAUGACCUUCUGGAGGUUCCUGUGCGUCUGGCAACCAAAGACAUCCCUACGCCCUAUGCCGCGAAGCUUGAGGAGGCGACAAUCGUCACACCUCAAGACGUGGUGAACUCUGCGCUGUGGCUCGUGUCCAAGCGUGGGCCGACACCGACAAAGGCGUAACCCUCGAAUCGAAAACAAAAGUUCCCGCUGUUUGAAGUUAAGGAAGAGAGAAUAUGCACGAGGCCACAGAGCGCGAGUUGGCGCCGCACGAUGCUGCGGGUAGAUAGCGUUUGUGGCGAGGCGGCUGCUGUUGGCUCGUCCUCGGGAUAUCCGAAACUGCUUUGUGAACACGCAGAGUGGGAAGUACUACCACCGUUGUUUGUGUGACGUAUCUGCCUCGGUUUGGAAAAAGCGCUCGUGUGUGGAGCAUUUCCACAGCGAUGCGGCCAUGCCGAGGGAGACAAAGGCAAAUGGGGAAGGCAGUAAAGUGAAACUAACAAAAAAGAGACAAAAAAGGUGUUCCCGCGCUU